AAUCUCGAGAUACAAAAUUUUCCGUUAUUUCAUUCUGGUUGGGAGAGUUUGGCCCUCCAACCCGUCUUCCUCGUCGCUUGAGUCUCCGGUAUCCGAGCAGGAAGAAAGAGAAAAUAUCAUCAAAGAUAAAGAAUCCUGUUGAAAAGAACCCCAUGUCAACCACCUCCGUCUACCUACUUCCCAUUUUUCCAAUUUCCCCACAGAAUCAUCAUGCCUUCCUCCACUUCCUUCCCAAACCCUACCCAUCUCCACGCUCCCGUUCGAAACUUGGAACUAAACCCAGAGUUUCAAGGCCUUUCUUCUGUUGCAGCAACCGAAAGGCAAUUCCCGACUCUAAGAUGGAUUCCGUUGACUGUGUCGGCACCGGAAAUGACGUCGAGUGUUUCGCCUCUGACACCGAACAGCUGCUUCCUUCGCCGCCCCCAGCCAACAAGAGCUCCGCAAGUUUCGAGAUAACUGGAGUAGCGGCAAAAUUUGAUGAGGGAUUGAUUGGUAUGGUCAUCGACUGGGCGCUCCUGGUGUCUCCCUUCUUCUUUUGGGGCACCGCAAUGGUGGCUAUGAAGGAGGUGAUCCCUAAGACGGGACCCUUCUUCGUGUCGGCAUUUCGGCUGAUCCCGGCGGGUGCUAUGUUGAUCGGAUUUGCGGCGGCAAGAGGCAGGCGGCAGCCGACGGGGCUCCUGGCGUGGAUUUCCAUUAUCCUGUUUGGUAUCGUGGACGGGGCAUUUUUUCAGGGGUUUCUUGCUGAGGGGUUACAGAAAACAGCAGCUGGAUUGGGCAGUGUCAUCAUCGAUUCUCAGCCUUUGACAGUUUCAAUACUUGCAGCCCUGUUGUUUGGUGAGUCCAUUGGAACCGUUGGUGCUGCUGGGCUAGUGCUUGGUGUUAUCGGGCUUCUACUUCUUGAGAUUCCUGCAAUUUCCGUUGAAGGAAGAGAUUUAACGAUUUGGGGAAGUGGAGAAUGGUGGAUGCUUCUGGCAGCUCAAAGUAUGGCAAUUGGAACUGUUAUGGUUCGCUGGGUUUCCAAGUACUCUGAUCCUAUCAUGGCAACUGGAUGGCACAUGAUUAUAGGUGGGCUGCCUCUCCUAGUUAUUUCUAUUCUCAAUCAUGAUCCUGCCAUAAGCGGGAAUGUAAAUGCGCUAACCUCUGAUGAUAUUUGGGCUCUUCUCUACACUUCAAUAUUUGGAAGUGCCAUUAGCUAUGGUGUAUUCUUCUACAAUGCUACUAGAGGUAGCUUGACGAAGCUAAGCUCCUUCACUUUCCUAACUCCAGUGUUUGCUUCUAUAUUUGGGUUCCUCUAUCUGGGUGAGACAUUCUCCCCUUCACAAUUAGGUGGUGCAUUAGUGACACUUGUCGGUAUAUAUUUGGUCAAUUACAAAGGCAGUGACGAUGAUAAUGCAUGAAAUUGCUUUAAGGAUGAAGCUUAUAGGUCCGUUCUCUUCCAAGUGGCAUCUAUUAGUGUUGACAGAAAUAGCAAUGUGUGCGUUAUAUUUUUGAAGCUUGAGAUCAAAUUUUCAUUUUAUCAAUCCAAAAUAUAUUUCCUAGAAAAUGAAUUCGUGGUACACAGUAAUAGGCAAAUAAAUCUUGUACCAUAUACCAAACUACAUGUGCAGAGUUUAGGAUUUUUUUCUCUUUUGUUCAGAGUCGGUGGUGGCGUGAUUCUUGUUAAGCUCUGUAAACCUUCUAUGAAUACAGCUUUGUUGUAAUGGUUUUAGGCCUUUGUAACAAAGCUCUUUUCUAUUUUUUUUAUUAUGUUAUUAUGUAAAUCUGAUGCAAAUACUUUUUAGUCCAAGAAUCAAAGUGCUCUUGUAGAGGUUGUUUAUAAAAGCUUUAAACUUAACUGCAAUGAUAGUAUGUUCCAUUA